AUGAACAGUAAAAACUGCAUUUUCAUAAUGGAGAAGGAUGAUUAUGUAGAAGAUUUCAGACCAAUGGAUGUACGAAAGCUAAAUUGAAUGCCAUCCACAGAAAUUAAGGAGAAACUCGAUAUGAUGAUAUCUAUGUAUAAUGACAAAUACUUUAUCACAAACCUGGACAUGUUUCCUUGCGAGAAGACUCAGUUUACUAGGAAACACUGGAGGACUUUAAAAUAACUUCAUUAUGCAGAAAGACCACGCCAAUUUUUCCGAAAAAUGAUCAAUGCUUAAUGAAGCACUGUAUGAAAUAAUUGAUCUAGAAAAUGGUAAGAAGAUACUAAGACGAAAGGGAAAUAAACCCAACCUUGUGGUGAAGAAUAAGAAAAAUAACAAAAGGAUUUUGAAAAGACUGUUCAAUAAAGCAGUUCUCCAAAGUCCAUUUAUACGUUCAGACAGCUCAAGAGUGAAAUUCUCUAUGAAUUUGAAUGUUUUGAAACCUUCAAAAGGGAAAAAUUCAUUUAAUAAAUCCGGAAGGAAUAGUAGUCACAAUAUGUUCUUAAGACAAUCAACACAAAUUUCAAGUCCUUUCACUCUAAAGCCGAUUGAUUCUCCUAUUGAAAUGAACUCUUCUAAGAAGAGCCAGUUCCAGCUACAAGAGUACAAAAUGAUUUCGAAGAACUCAUCUGUCGAUGAUGACACUUUUGGAGAAUAUUUUAGAAAUGAUAAAAAUAGAGACCAUAAAGAGAGCUUAGAUUUUAAUGGUACUAAAAACUGAAAAAUUAGUCAAAUCCUUGGCUUUGACAUAGAAAAAAUGGAUCUUGAUCAUUUUACUGACAUACAGUUGAAUAUGAAAAGAAGGAUGCUAAGAAAGAAUAGAAAGGAGCUUCUGUAUAGUUGAUUUUUAAUGAAAUAGAAAUACAAAUCUUGAUCUUUUCAAGCGUAAUAAUCGCAGGUUCCACCAAGAAUUACAAAUGAAAUUGCCAAAGAAAUUUAAUAUUUCAAGAAAGGAGAUAAUUGAUAAGGUGAAACAAACAAGAAUUAAGGUAUUCCCUCUAUUAAAUUUUAAGCAGAAGCAAGUAAAUCUGCCUAAAAUUGGGCAAUCUUUGGAAAGCACUCCUGGAAUUGCUCCUUCAAGAUCUUUACACACAAGCAUGGAGAGAGGAAAAGUGAUGAAGUCAAGAAACAACAUUAAAAUUGAGAAGUCUACUGAAGCUGAAAGCUGAGGUAGAAGGAGUAUGCUCUCCUCAAUUGCAGAUAUUGCAAAGAGAUAUAGUGUAGAAAAUCCGAAAUAUAGAAAAAUUCAUAACAGGAGUUUAUAA